CAAUUUGUAAAUUUUUAUCUUAACCCUGCAUCAAAUAAAUAUUUUAAAGCUCACUGACAUGUCAGCGCUUUAUACAUCAAAGUAAAAAAACAGAAAUCAACCAAUCCACAGAAACAUCACGGGAAUCAAGACCACAGACAGGAACUUUGUCUGUAGUUUUUGUUUUGUUUUCAUCAUUCAGAUUUCUUUUAGUAAGACAUCGAGUUUUCUCACACACUGACUGUACGCAGAAUCUGCUGAGUAAAGAUAAAAAAUGAUGAAGAAUAUGGCUCACGCUCUGUUUGGUUUGCUUUAUCUACUAAAGCUCUUAUGUGACGUUUCUUCUGGUGGAGUGAUGACAUACAACACUGAUACACCUGAUAUCCCAGCUCCUAAUAUUAUCAGAGAUUAUCCUCCGUGUAACGAAGGUCCACAACAAAAUUGUCUGGUGAUGUGUUCGGUGUCGAGUGUUUCGCAGGCUCAGCUCUCGUGGUAUAAUGGAAGUGCUAUAUACUCCAGCAUCACGGUUUCUAAUCUUAACAACAAACUUUAUCUUGUGGUUCAUAAAGAGGAUAAAAACAACUACAGCUGUGUGGUAUCCAGUUCAGGCACCAACAGCUCUUCAUAUCUCAAUGUUACUCAUCUCUGUCAGAUAUGUUCAGUUGUAACAACAACACUGAUACCAGUGAAUGAAGGGGAGUCGGUCACUUUACCCACUAACCUUAUUCAACUACAUGAUGGGGAUGACAUCAUGUGGUUUUAUGAAAGCACUUUUAUUUCUGAAUUUUAUGAAAACUUGACCAUAUAUCAUGACUGUAUUGAUGGUAGAUUCAGUAACAUCCUACAAUUGGACAGUGAAACUGGAUCGCUCACCAUCACUAACCUCAGUAAAAAACACACUGGAGUCUAUAAACUAAAAAGUCCAACUGGAUCACUGAUUAAUCACCAGCAACAAGAAUGUCAGGGAUAUAAUGUUAUCGUCUAUGAUCCUCUGCCCGUUCCUAUCAUCACCAAUGACUCGACACAAUGUUCCCCAUCAUUAAAAUGUGUUGUGAUGUGUUCAGUGAAUGUGAGAGAUGUGAGUCUGUCCUGGUACAAAGGAAGCAGUUUAUUGUCCAACAUCAGUGUGUCUGAUCUCAAAAGCAACUUUCUUUGUAUGGAGGUUGAAUUUUGGGAUCCAAACAAAUACAGCUGUGUGGUGAGCAAUUCAUUCACCAACAAAACGACACAACUCAACAUCAAAGCACUGUGUAGAGAAGAAAUCCAAGAAUUUAAAAUAGUUGUUAUAAUUGGAGCCGUUGGUGUUUGUGUCAUCGUUGUUUUUUUUUGUGUCAUGGCCUGCUGUUGCUACAAAAGGAAAAGUGCAAAUCCCAGAUAUAACCAGAUAUAACACUUUUGGGCAAGAAUAGUUUUUAAACUGAAGGUCUAAAAUUUCUUGUGUUAAAAGUAAAGUUUUUAACCAUACUGUAUCUCAUAUUUGAAUAUUUAGUGAUUUGAAUACUUAUGCAUUGUCUCUCGUAAAGUUUUAGAGCAUUUUCUUAACUAAGUGUACAUUUCAGAAUUGUCACUUUUUUAUUGAUUCUGGUUUGUGUCUUUUUUCAUCUAAAUCCUACAAAGUACGAUGUCUCAAAAAUGUUCUGUCCUUUUUUAUCAUGUUUUGAACGCAUGCAUGUUUCCCUUAUCUAAAACUAACAAAAACAUGAGUAAAGACUAUAUUGUCUACUGAAAUUGCUCAAUUAGCUAGCUGUUGAAAUCAUUAUUUGGAUUAGAUACUUGAAACCUGGAAGGUAUUAAUGGCUUUAAAGUUGUUUGAUUUAGCACAUGAUUUGUUUGAUUUUUUUUAUUAUUUGCAGUGAUUAAAUUUUUUAUGUUAAAAAAUUGUGUUACAGAAGAAAU